AUGGGCCCUACACUGCGACUGGAAGAGGUUGUUUGUGCUGCGGCUUUUGCCGCGGCAUCCUCUGUCUCUCGCCCUCUCAAAGCCUCAGUGCUCGCAAGCCUCGCGGAGAGGGUGCUGACGCUGCAGGAGACUCCUGGGGGGGGUCUUAGCGACGUCGCCUUGCUAGCAGAGAUCUUGCUUCGGAACGGAAAGCUGAACACCCCAGUCUUCGACGUCUUGGCGCGACUCAUCCAUAGACACCUGGAGGUGCUUGAACCCCAGGACCUCUCCCGCCUCGCUCGCUUCCUGAAGCGAGCCAAAGAGGCCUCUUUAGAGUCCGAAACCCUUCUGAACGCUACAAGCCGCCACGUGCUGCGCCUGAGCUCUGUUUUCGCCCCCCCAGAUCUUCAGGAGACGCUUUCUUGCUUGAUGGAAGCCGGUCCCCCCCACCGGCGCUACUCCGUGUUGCUGCAUCAAGCAGUUGCGACAGACAGAUGGGGUCGCUUGAGGAGCAGCCAACUCCUGGAAGGUGAUGGAGCAGGAGCAGCAGACGAAGGAGCAGCAACAGCAGCAGAUAAAGGAGCCGCUGCAUCGGACGCAUGGGUCGUUAGCAGCGAAGAUCUCGAAGAUUCCUUGCAGAGGAUAUCCAGUCAGCAAGGGAAACUGCUGCUAGGUCGAGCAGCUGCAAGGGCCAGCAGAGCCAAGGCUGCUGCGGCUGCCUCCACCGGUGCUGCUGGAGAGGGGGCAGAUGGGGAACUUACUGCCUCGGCUAGCUCUGCACUGGCUAGCUGUGAAGAGAGCCUCGCGAGACGGCGGUACAGCCAUCGCCGACGCAUCUUAGAGGAGGAGGGAUGGGAUUUGCUGCAUCGCCGCGUGGGCUCGAUGCGAGAUCUGAAGCAGUGGCUUUAG